AUGAAGAAUUGGAACAGUAUAUUAAUUCCCAUGAUGGCUAAAGUUGUGGACAUAUCUCGCUUACGAUCCUCUGAUAUCCUGAAGCUCUCAUCUAAGUCAAAGUGCACCUUUCCUUGUCUGUUCUGUCCUGAGAGCCUUCCAACCAAAGCAAAGCUUUCCCGGCACUGGACUGAAGUUCACCAGUUCAAAAGGAAGAAUGGGAAGGAAUUCAAAUGCAGUCUGUGCAACCAAGUUUUCAGCCUAUGGAAGACCUUGAUCAAGCAUAGAUUGAUGCAUGCAGAUGUACCUGAUGCAUCAUCAUUGAAGACUUCCCAUUGUGAUUCUGCAAGUAAUCCUCAUCAAACAGGACCAGGAGGCCUAUCUCAGAAUGAGGAAGAUACAGCAGUUCGAUGUUUGUCAUCUGAUACUGUUGUUUCUGGAGAAGAAAACGGUCAUGACUAUGUGCAACCACUACCUAGUCCCUUGACCAGGAGGAGAAUGAGGAACAACAAGUGUCCUUGCAUCAUUGAUGGAUGCCCUGCCAUGUUUCGCUUUGUUGGCUCCCUCAGCAAACAUUUGGCUGAGAGGCAUCGUGUGGUUUUACAGAAAGUGGACAAGGUCUUUGCCUCCAGUGAGGAAUUCAAAUGCUGGAAGGACCAAUUAGAGAGAGAAGAGUGUGCUGAAUUUAUCAAGAAUGGAGGUCAAUAUCCAUUAAAGAAGCAGAUGAAUGGAGCCUCUAUUGGGUUCACUCAAACAUAUAUCUGCAAUCGUGAUGGGAAUUUGAAGACCAAGAAGCGUUCUCUGCAAGGAACUGGCUCAUUAGUCCAACACUGCCCAGCCUGGCUCAAGGUGACAACUUACAAAAAUGGUAGAGUGCAUGUCACUGGAACCAUUUCCCAUUAUGGUCAUGAUACAUGUCCUAAAUUGGUGGCUGCUUUUGAUCCUCCAAUGAAAGUAUGUGCAACUUCUCCAGAGCAUUCUUCAAUGGAAGAGGUCCAUGAUGUUCAAGGAGAUUAUCAUGAUGUGAAAGAAUCUGACUCUCCUGGACUUGAAAGUGCUGAUUUUGCUGGCCUUGACCUGAAGCAUCAGAUUGGGCUUGAAAUGCAGUCCAUUAUUCGUUCUGUUACACAGCUCAGAAAUCCAGAUGGUCUCAGGGCAAUUCUUCAGAGCAUUUCAGCAUUGAAGGGGGUGAGGAGGCAGAGGAGGAUGGUGGACCCAGAGUCACAGGUUCUUGGGUCAGCUGCUCCAGAGAACGGAGCCAAUGUGGAGGUGCAUGAUCCACUUCACUCUCCAGCCCUUGAGUUCCCCCCAGUCCCCCAGUGCUCACUAUGGCUGGGUCCAACUGUGUCCAAAUGCAUGCUGGACAUGGAUGGAAAGCAGUUGCUUCCCGAAUGGAUUCGAGAGGGACCAAAACCUGGGGGGAUGCUGAGGCGUGUCCGAGCCAUCUGUUCCCUACCCAUCAUGGAUGGAGGAGCCAUGAAAAAACCUAUUCAUGCAGAAAAACUUCAAUACUCCAUGCUUAGGAAAAGGCUCCUCCUUGAUGUGUCAACAUAUCUCAAAGAUCCAGCAGACCUGGACUUUUAUCAUUCCUGGCUGAAAACCUUUGACUUGCAUGAAAAGAUGGAAGAUUUACAGAGUUUCUUGGAUAGAUCUCCUGAAGUCCAGAAAAUCUACUCUGAACUUGUGCCUUGGAAGGUACGCCUGGAUCACCUUCUCUCUCGAUUCGUGAGUGCACGGGUGCACCAAGGGGACGGAGAACAACAGGGCGAUCCGGGACACCACCUUUGGGGACACCUGAAACGGAAAGAAUUUCACGAGAAACGGGCCGAGGAGCACGGCCAGGAAACUGGGAUCGGCCAGGUUCUCCACGGAGGCCAGGCACUCGUCGAAGGUCUUGCGGAGGAAGCUGAGCCACUCCUCCGUCUCCACCGCCUUGCUGUCCCCGAGCCCGAAGCUCCUCAGGGUCAGGGCGCCCAUGCUCGCCUCGAUGGGGUCCAGGGUACCAGGCACUCGUCGAAGGUCUUGCGGAGGAAGCUGAGCCACUCCUCCGUCUCCACCGCCUUGCUGUCCCCGAGCCCGAAGCUCCUCAGGGUCAGGGCGCCCAUGCUCGCCUCGAUGGGGUCCAGGGUCGCGGCCUCCACCAGGCGCUGGUUCCCCGCCGCCGUCACCGUCCCCUCGUCCUCCGACGCCCGCUCCGUCUUCUCGUCCUCCUCCGUCUUUCCUCCGUCGUCCGACCGAGCGGCGGGCGGCCCGUCCGUGCGUUGCGCCCGCAGGUCGACCACUUUUGCCAUGGCCUUUACCAAGAUCCUGGAGGGGAAAAAAAUUGCUCGGGAUGAUCGCUUCGGUGUAGAAAAAACAAGUUGGGCAAGCCCAGUCCAGUAG